AUGCCUGGCUUGGGCGCAAUAGGAGAGACUAAUUUGUCUUCUUCUCAAGUUCAAUCAGGAUGGUCCGCUCCAUCCUCUUGUACACAUACUCCUGCUCCUGCGGCUGAGCCGCCACAUGUAUAUUCCCCCAUGUCUUUUAGCCAGAUGUCAGAUUGUGAAGUACUUGAUAUGGUUGCUCAAAAUAUGAUUAUCUUAAAAAAAGAGUUCUCGCAAUUACAAGGCGCCUAUGAGGCACAACAUGAUCAAAUAGCAUUGUUAAGGGCAGAACUUGAGGAACAUUGCGAUCAAUCGCAAAAUCAACACAUAUUCUAUUCCACCCAAAUCCAAGGAGCGGCCGCUUCCAUUCAGGCUGUGCAAGACCAGCUACUUCACAAUUCCACUACUUGUCCCACGGCUCCUCCCCCACCUCCACCUUCUGGCACAGCCACCUCCACCAAUCCCCCAAUUGCUCCUGCGUCUUCCAAUUUGGAUUUGAAAUUUGCUAAACCCAAUAAGUUCAAUGGCAAGAAAGAGGACGCCCUCAAUUUCAUUAUUGCCUGCCAGGCCUAUAUAAGAGCGAAAGGAGCAAAUAGAUCCCACGAGGAGAAAAUAUUGUGGGUAACAUCAUAUUUUGAAGGUGCAGCAGAAGAUUGGGUUCGCCCCUAUAAAGAAAGGAAGGUUUUCAGGGGAGAAGCAGUCCCAUUAUUGGAGGAUAUUGACGUAUUCUGGGCAGAAUUCACUAAGCAUUAUGUGGACACUAAUCGCGAUGAGAAGUACCGUCAAAAAUGGAAUAAUUUGCGGCAGAAAGCAUCGGUUCAGGAAUACACCCAAGAAUUCCAACAAUACUCCGUGUCCCUGGGUUACAGCGACGAGACACUGCGCAAUAAGUACUAUGAUGGCCUCCAAAACAAUAUUAAGGACAUCAUGCUUUCAACUAUGUUCCAAUGGCGCCGCGCUACUGCCCAACAAGUCUAUGAUAAGGCAGAGGAGAUCGCAAACCAUAUCGAAUCUACACGCUUAUCUCAUCCUUCUGUCUCCACAGUCCGCGCCCCUGCUAAUGCCGCCCCCACUACCACUUCCACUCCCCCUUCCACCCGCACUCGUCUCAACGUGGGAGACAAUGUCUAUAUGAUUGACCCAACCACUCGCCGCGCCAAGAAAGGCGCUAUUACUUCAAUUGUUUGUACUACUUCUGGCAAUAUGCCCAAUGUUAGGUGGAAUGGGGAAACAAAGGACACAAUGAUUCCUUUCCCAUCUCUUAAAAAAGACGAACGCCCCACCGCUGCUGCCCCAGUCAAGACCAUCAUUGCUCCUACCCCUGUCCUGGCCUCAAACUCCAAAGGCCCAGGCCCCAUGGAUCUUGAUGGAAGAGGAUUUUCAAACCUCACUUGCCAUGUAUGCGGUGGAAAAGGUCACUUUGCACGCAAUUGCCCUUCCAAGCCCAUGUCGGGACAUGUGGCUAAUGUUGAAUGGUCUUGGGAAAGACCUAAAGAGGAAAAUAGGAUUGAAGUUGUCUCUGAUGAGGAAGAGUUGGGAAAAGGAAAAGCCAAGGCCAACUAA